AUGAGCAAUAACGCAACAAACUCAGCAGGGCAAUCUCCAAAGCUAGAGAUCGCAAUCGCCGGCGGAGGCAUUGCGGGGCUGAUAACGGCCAUUGCCUUGAUCAAACACCCAGGCGUUAACAUCCAAGUGUAUGAGCGUGCUGAAGAGCUUCGAGAGAUUGGGGCAAGCAUUGCCCUCGGGCCCAAUGGGCUCAGUUCUUUGGAUAAGCUAGGAGUCAAAAACGCGUUUGACGACAACAUUCUGUACCGUCAACGAUCUGGAUGGCCCAUGGUUUAUCGCCAUUGGAAAACGUCAGAGAUUAUUGGAUAUGAUGAACAUCGGAACGUCAAAGACAAACGGUUCAUUACCACUAGGUACCACCGCGCACAUCUCCACAAGGCACUCUACGAGAAUCUUCCGAGCGAGAUAGUGCACUUUGGUAAAAAGUUGGUAAAUGUAAGCGCAGACCGAGACGAGGGUGUUACUUUAUCAUUCGAGGAUGGAACUACUGCUAAGGCAGAUAUUUGCAUUGGGGCCGAUGGCAUUCACUCUACUGUCAGGAAAACAUUAGCCCCUGAACAUAAGAUUCACUGGACAGGGUGGGUUGCGCUGCGUGCUGUCUAUGAACAGUCUCGUCUGGAUGGUGUUGACUACCCUGAAGGCGCUGCUCACUGGGGGCUAUAUACGGUUGUGGGAGGCUACCACGCCGAUCUGGAUGACCCCAAAAGUCAAGGGCAUGGGGUUAGGUGGGACGACCAAGGCGAUGUCGAACAGUUCAAGUCUUUCUACAAGUGUCAAUUGAUUGACGAUGAGGCCUCUCAGGACUGGCACCCAGCCAUCCGCUCCAUCACAGAGGCUGCGCCGUACAUUCGCCAAUUUCCGGGCUACGCAGCUGACCCCCUGGAUACUUGGUCAUUUCAUGACCGAAUCGUCCUGGUCGGAGACGCCGCGCACGGUCACGGGGGUGCAUUUGCGGCGGGAGGGUCCCUCGCUAUCAAUGAUGCACAUGCACUGUCCCUGGCUCUGUUCCAUGUCUGGCCGCCGUCGGAGUCUUCCAGAAAGCCCUCGGCAGCCGAUCUGCACAAAGUCUUUGAAAUCUACCAAGCCACAAGAAAACCGCAGGUGGACAGACUGCUCGAUUCAGUACACAAGUCUGUUGCUGGCCGAAGGGUCAAGACAGACAACGGGACUGAAGAAACCGACGAGCAGCUGCGCAAGAGGGUAAGCGAGCGGAUGGAUCCGUACUGGGUUGCUGAGCAUGAUGUCGAGGCUGCUUUCGAGGCUGUGGUAGCCAAAGCGCCCAGCUCUGGGCACCAAGUGCUGGGAAACAAGCCGCCACAGGCACUAUUGUAG